AUGAAUAUGUAUCCGAAACAAGAAGAAAUCUGUCAUUGGCAGUCCCGUAGAAUGGGCGGGCUUCCGCCAUGCAGUACUGAUUUUUUCAUCACGUAUUUGCUUUUGUAUCCCUUUGUGAGUGACCUGCUUUUACUAGAUGUCUCCCAAGGAGAUGCUGUUGUGAAAGAAACAUGGAUGUAUCAAGCGAAAACGGCGAAGAAGAGAAAAUCUGCAGCUCAUAGCUCACCAAUUCCGGUACAUCAACCGAAGAAGAUGUUGUAGUAGAUUUGACUUUUAUAAUACUUCUCGACUACCCCGUGAAGUGGAUGUUCGUCCUGAAGUUAUAGUCAACUUGAUGAAGUGUCCUGUGUCUGUGAUGCAUAGUUCUACUACAUCAGUGUUU